AUACACUGACAGUCAUAGAUCUCUCUCAAAAAUAUCACCGCUUGAAGCGUUCAGAGACUAAAGUGAGACCAGAGCAAUGGACGACGAUUCAUCAAAAUCAGAGUCUUCUGACUCCACGCUCAGCCUCGCCCUUCAUCAAUCUCAACCCUCGGAUUCGGAUCCACUUCACGAUGCUCUCUUCUUCGUCCUCCCUUACCUUCAUCUCUACGAGCUUCUUGCCAUGUCUCUCGUCUGCAAGUCGCUCAACGAUGCAGUAAACGACGACGUGUUGCCGUGGUUGAACCUCGUCGUUGAAAGGCCUCUCGGCUCCAAGCUCACCGAUCAGAUUCUCGUCAGAAUCACUGCUAAGGCCAAUGGCAGGCUCACCAGCCUAGCACUGUUGAACUGCAAGAAUAUCACUGACAUUGGGCUUCAAAAAGUCGUUGAAGAAAAUCCCUUCAUAAACAAGCUUUAUAUACCGGGUUGCACUGGCAUAACCCCAGAAGGAGUACUAUCAGCUGUGAAGAUUCUGUGCCAAGGAAGCCACAGCCUAAGCAUCCUGCGGAUAAAUGGCAUCUACAAUCUAAAGAAGCAGCACAUUGACACACUUGCCUCUUACCUCACAAAAAACCAGAAUCAGUCAUUAAAGGAGCCUCAAAAGCAGCACCCUUUCUACUAUCAUGAAAGGUUCAAUUUCUCUGCCUUCAAGCCCAAAGAAAGCCACCAGAUUAUAGACUUGCAAACAUGUCCCAUAUGCUUUGAGGUCAGAAUGGUUUAUGACUGCCCAAGAGGGAAAUGUAAAAGGAAGGAAUGUAGGGCAUGCACUUUUUGCAUCCCAAGGUGUGAGAACUGUGGAGGAUGCAUUAGAUCACAAGUAGCAGGAGGUGCAGAUUUCUUGUGUUCAGAGUGCUGGUUACAGUUUCCCAAGUGUAAUGUUUGCGAGAAGCCAUACUGCAAGCAACAUAAUAAUUGGUGGUGCAACGAUACAACCCCUGGAUUGCUCUUGCAGCUUUAUGAUGCAAAUUUUGUUGACUAUUAUCUGUACAGCGAUAUUGUGUUUUAGAGGGUUUAAAUUUAAAUACACUUUCAGUCCGGCCCUCUGACGUUGUAAAUGUCUAAAUUUAGUUCUUCUAGUUUUGAUUUUGUCAAUAUUGUGUUUCAAUUUGGAGAAAGUCGUUUCAUUCAUGUUCAUGUCUGAUUUGAUAGAUACAAUGUGUUUUAAUAGGAUUUGUCUCCUAUUAUGCUAGUCUUGUAAAAUGCCCUUGAGUAAGUAAUAGAGAUAGAAAGUAAUGAAAAUGAUGAAAUAUGCUCUAAAGCUAUGUUGAUAAGA